AUGCUCGCGGUUCUUUUUCUCCCGUCGAUUCUCCUGGUUCACGCACGCCCCAAUGGCCUAGGCCUGCCACGCGACCAUGGAAGGCGUUCCUACGCUACGCGCAAGAUCGCCAACGUCACGGUCGUCGACACUCCGAUCGUUCGUGCGGCCCUGACCCUGGCAGAGCAGCACGCCCAGGGCUUUACGUACAACCACAUCAUGCGUUCGUGGCUGUUCGGCGCCCUCGUUGUGGAGCACAACGCAACUCUCCGCGCUGCCGUCGACCUCGAGGUGCAUGCUGUAGCCACGAUCCUUCACGAUCUGGGCUGGGACCGCUUGCCUAGCUCGCCGUUCGUCAGUGCCGAUCGACGCUUCGAAGUGGACGGAGCCAUUGCUGCGCGCGACUUCAUCCGGAACCACGACGACGGCAAGAAGUGGGACGAUCAUCGGGUGCAGCGGGUUUGGGACGCUAUUGCCCUGCAUUCCCAGCAGAGCAUCGCUUUCUUUAAGGAGCCAGAUGUACAGGUCGUGGCCAAGGGCGUUCUUGUCGAUUUCGAGGGGCCCGAGUUCGGUGUAACCAAGGAUGAGUUCGUCGCUGUGACGCGCGAGUUCCCAAGGGACAACCUCGGGCCAGGGGUCAAUGAGACCUUCAUUUGGCUCUGCAGGACUAAGCCUGCCACCACUUACGACACUUAUAUGCAGCCGUGGGGAGAGCGAUAUGUGUCAAACUACACGGCGCAGGGGCACCGGGUAAUUGAUACGGUCGAUGGCUUGUCUUCAGGCGCAGCAUGA